CCCCUGCCCCACCCAGCAGCUGUCCUGGGCAACCAGGGUGGCUCCUCUGUGACCUCGCUGUGGAACCAGUGGAACCGGUCAGUGUGCACCAUGCUGUGCUGCCUGCUGCUCCUCGCCCUGCUGCUGGGGGCUGCCUUCCCACAGCCUGUGUACCAGAGCUACUCAGUUCCUGAGGAUUUCUCUGCUCCCUUGGAGCUUCCACAGAAGCAUUUUGGCCUGGUGGAUGAUUACGGCAUCAAGCCCAAGCAGCCUCGCUUCAGAACACAGGGGGCCCUGGAGCGGCCGGCGCAGCUGCGCAGAGCUGGCAAAAGCAAACGCGACGGGCUGGACUUGCUGGAAUACUACGAGGAUGGGCGCCUGUGAGCCAGCGUGCCCCCGUGCCCACCUCAGCCCAGUAGCUGCUGUGUCAUACUACAAGAGACUGACUCUGCCACUGCAAUUAAAAGUCACCCCAGAUGG